AUGCCAACCAAUGGGAUCCACCAGGUGCUGAAGAUCCAGUUCGGCCUGAUCAAUGAAGAGGACCGCUAUCUGACCGCCGAAAGCUUCGGCUUCAAGGUGAACGCCUCAGCCUCCAGCCUCAAGAGGAAGCAGAUAUGGGUCCUGGAGCAGGACGAGGGCAACGGCUCGGCCGUCUUCUUCCGAAGCCACCUGGGACGCUACCUGGAGGCCGAUCAGGACGGGAAGGUGUCCUGCGAGGCAGAGAAGCCGAGCCGCGAUGCCCGCUUCCUAAUAGUCACCCACUCAGACGGGCGCUGGGCCUUGCAGUCUGAACCCUACAGGCGGUUCUUCGGAGGUUCGGAGGACCACCUCUCCUGCUUUUCGCCGACCAUCACACCUGCUGAGCUCUGGACGGUCCACCUCGCCAUCCAUCCCCAGGCCAAUCUGUUGAGCAUCAGCCGUCGGCGCUAUGCCCACUUGUGCCCACAGGAGGAUGAGAUUGCAACUGACAGCAACAUUCCUUGGGGCGUGGAUGCCCUCAUUACUCUUAUCUUCCUAAACAAGCAAUACUGUCUGAAGACCUGUGACAGUCGCUACCUGCGCAAUGAUGGUAAACUGGUGUGGGAGCCAGAGCCCCGGGCUCGCUAUACCCUGGAAUUCAAAGCCGGCAAGUUAGCUUUCAAGGAUUGCGAUGGCAGGUACCUGGCCCCCAUGGGGCCCACUGGGACCCUCAAGGCUGGGCGCAGCUCCAAGCCAAGCAAGGAUGAACUCUUUGACCUGGAAGAGAGUCACCCUCAGGUGGUGUUUAUGGGCUCCAAUGGGCGCUAUGUCUCUAUCCGACAAGGGAUCAACGUCUCAGCCAAUCAGGAUGAAGAGCUGGACCAUGAGACAUUCCAGAUGCAAAUUGACCGUGAGACCAAGAAGUGUAUUUUCCAUUCCAACACUGGGGAUUACUGGACCCUGGUCACUCAUGGGGGUAUCCAGUCUAUUGCCACACAAGUUGCUGCCAAAACCAUGUUUGAGAUUGAAUGGCGUGGUCGACGAAUAGCACUCAAGGCAAGCAACGGGCGCUACAUCUGCACAAAGAAGAAUGGGCAUCUAGCAGCCAUCAGUGACUUUAUUGGUGAGCAUCCUAGUCCCCUUAGCAGCCUUCCUCUCCUCGGUCCAGGUGAGGACGAAGAAUUUAUUAUCAAACUCAUCAACCGGCCCAUCUUGGUGUUAAGAGGCAAUGAUGGUUUUGUCUGCCACCAUCGAAACUCCAAUCUGCUGGACACGAAUCGAUCCGUCUAUGAUGUCUUCCACAUCAGUUUCAGCGAUGGCGCCUACCAGAUCCGAGGCAGAGGCGGUAAGUUCUGGUACAUAGCCAGCAAUGGCAACGUGUGCAGCGAUGGCGAGAGGUCAGAAGAUUUCUUCUUUGAGUUUCGGGAGCGGGGCCGAGUGGCCAUCAGAGGCAAAAAUGGCAAAUACCUGAGGGGAGCCUCAUCGGGCAUGCUGAAGGCUGAUGGAGACUCCCUUGCCUGUGCCACCCUCUGGGAGUACUAGCUCCCAUCUACCUGGAUGAAGCGCCUCCGAAAC